CGGUGGCGGGUGCUGUGUAUAAAAGGAGCUCCGUAAAGCACGUUUUAUAUGCGAGAUUUUGUGGUGUGUUAUUCGUCGUUCGCUCUUGUUUGGCUGAUCGUAAUCCGUCUCAACGGAAACUUUUGAGAGAGACAGAAAGAGAGAGAAAAUGGAGUCCGGCGAAUUCGAAUGGCGGAGUUCAUUGAUCGGAGACUCUGUGCAAUAGUUUGAGUUGUUUUCUUGUGGUUUCUGGAACAGAGAAGUGAGUUAGAAACUGGUGGAUCAAGUGAGCUUUCGGUUCGAUUCGAGUAGAAUUUCCUAUUCCCUUGCAAAGAAGAAUCAUCGUUUAUUCUGAACAAACAAACAGUAGUGAGAAAGUUUCUUCUUAUACGUACUUUUGCUUGAUUAGCUGCAAUUUCAUGGAAGAAUUAUUACGAUUGUUGAAGGAAGUGGAGCGUUUGACAUUUUCUUCCUCUCUUUAAGAGGUUUUGAAAAAACAAAUAUAGGUAUUACAAUUGGUAGUGAUAGUAUAUUACGUUUUGUAGCAAUGGAAUUUCUGCUGCUUGGUUCAACAGGACCUCCGAUUAAGCGAAGAGCGGGAUUAAGAAUUAAACAGGCGGGUAGAGGUUCAUAUCGGGGCAGUUAGAGAAAAAUUUUCAGUGAUAAUUUGGUCCAUUUAUUUUUUGUUUUGUGGUAGAAACAUUGUGAAUUUCCUAGAAAACUUAGCGCAUGGGAACUACUGCUUUAAGACAGUUUCUGAAGAGUCUUUGCAGCAACUCGCAAUGGAAUUAUGCUGUAUUUUGGAAGCUCAAUCACCAGAAUCCAUUGAUUUUGACCUGGGAGGAUGGGUAUUUUGAUCAUCCAAAACCAUCAAAAAUUGAGGGAAGUGUGUCAGAUAACAUUUACUUCAGUGGAAUGAAGAGCAUAUCCUUUUCAAGCUGUGAGACAAUUACGGAUGAUUGCGGAUCUGGGGGAUAUCCAAUUGGACUAGCUGUUGCUAAUAUGUCAUCACUUCAGUAUGCCAUGGGAGAGGGGUUUGUUGGUGAGGUUGCAUACACAGGGACACAUAGCUGGGUUUUCUCCAACAGUCUUUUUACCAGAGAAUCUUACUCAGAGCUAGUUCCUGAUGAUGGAUGGCUUCUUCAGUUUGCGCUGGGUAUGAAGACAAUAUUGCUUGUACCUCUACUUCCUGAUGGAGUUUUGCAACUUGGCUCAUUAGAAGUGGUUGCUGAAGAUAUUGCAGUGGUGGCUUCAGUCAAAGAUUCAUUCAAUUCCAUUUGCAACGUCAUGGAGAAUGCUGUACCUUCAAUGUUACAGAGGAAUAUAGUAGAUUACUCAUUGUCAUCUUCUACACUUGUGGAGAACAUAGGUGAACCACUGAUGGAGAAUAUAGAUCGACCAUCAGGUCUAAUAGUUAGCAAACUGAAAGUUGAAAAUUCGGAGGAUGUUGACAGCAUUAGAGUGAUGGAAAACAAAUACUCAACUUUAAAGAAAUGGAUGCCAGGGUCUACUGUUCAAGACAUGCAACUGGAGUCUGGAAAAUAUGUGCCAGGUAUUCUCAAGAGAAAUAGUCAAAAUGAGUUUGAUAUCCCUGAAGAAUCAUAUCUACUGAGAGAAUGCAUAAGUGCAAGCCAGCUGGAGAUGUUGGACAGUAAGAUGUUUGAGUUGUCUUGUCUGGAAGAAGAACUACUGGCUUAUACUUCUUCUAGCACUCACAACAUGGAAGUGUUAGGAGAAUCCUUCAAUGGAGUUAAUUCUUGUUCUGCUGGAGACAUCGAAACACAACUGUUUGGAGACGAUAAUAUUUAUGAUGGAAAUUACAGAAGUAUGGGCAAUUGCUUUAGCUUUCCUGAAGAUUUUGAACUUCACAAAGCACUUGGACCUGCUUUCCAGAUAAAAACUAGUGAACAGCCAUGGGACUCAUCAUUUGUGGUUGAGGAUGCAUGUAAUAGCUCAAGUUUGAUCUGUAAUAAGGAUUUCUUUGGCAUUGCUGAAGAAUGGCAGUUCACCAAAACUAAUGAUGAAAUGUCAGAGCCUGUUGGAGCCAACUUAUGUAGUGUCGCUGAUGAUUCAUCAUCUACCCUAUCUGAGAGUGUCCUGACGUAUACAUCUUCAUCAAAGCAGUUCAGUGCCUGUCAACCACAAACUCAUUCUAGCAUGAGUCCAUGGGUGAAAAAUUUUCCAGAAACAGGAAUCCUUGAUGGAUCUGCAUUUCUUGCCAAAGAAAAAACUUCUGCUUCUUUCAAUGGUGUGAUGAAGACACUGAUUGAUAAAGAGAUGCAGGUAAAGAAUUGCAGUUAUUUGCAACCUAGGAAGGGACAAAAGUCAAAUGGCAGGACAACCAGGGCAAAAAGCGGAAAUAACCAAAGGCCAAGACCAAGGGACAGGCAACUAAUCCAGGAUCGUGUCAAGGAGCUGAGAGAACUUGUCCCAAAUGGUUCUAAGUGUAGCAUUGACGGCCUUUUAGAUCAGACCAUAAAGCACAUGCUAUAUUUAAGAAGUGUGACUGAGCAAGCUGAGAAAUUGAAGCCCUAUAUGCAUCAGGAGACAAAUGGUUGGAAGAACUGCGAAUCAUCCCAAAAUGAGAAAGAUUUCCAAAAUGGAACGAGCUUGGCCUUUGAAUGGGGAAGUGAGACUCCUAUUUGCCCCAUAGUUGUGGAAGAUCUUGAACAGCCAGGGCACAUGCUCAUUGAGAUGCAAUGCGAUGGGCAUGAACAUUUCUUCGAGAUCACCCAAGUGAUCGGACGAUUGGAAUUGACAAUCAUCAAGGGUGUGAUGGAAAACCGUUCAAAUACCACGUGGGCUCAUUUUGUCGUUGAGGUUUCUAAGGGUUUUCACAGAAUGGAUAUAUUCUGGCCUCUUCUCCAUCUUUUACAACGCAGAAAAAAUCUCAUCUCAAGCAAGAUCUGAUAAGUGAACUAGACAAAGUGAAUCCGUGUAGCUUUUCUUUUUUCAUGCUUCAAGCACCUAGACAGAACCCCUGGAUAAAAAAAAAAAAAAAAAAUUCCAUCUUUAUAGAACAAUAUGUCAUGCUAGUACAUGGGUUUUAUUGUUUGUGUACAAACUCGUUAGGAUCUUGCAAUAUGCUUUUUUGAAAGGGAAUAUAGCUCCUAAAAGAAUGAACAAUA